UAAUCACAUUCUAUAAGAUCACCAGUAUUUUUUAAAAUAUAAUACCGAUGUACUUCUGUCUUUGUAGGAAAAAGCGAUGCAAGCUGCAAAACAAAUGGGGAACAAGGACACUGUUGAGAUCAUUAAGAAAUGGCAGGAUACACAGCCUGAACAGACUCUACAUAGACCCAAUGAAGACAUCAACACUUCAACGUCAGAGAACCUGGUUCCACUGCCAGAACCAACACAUGAUACCCCAGGAGGGACGGAAAGGAUGAUUGAAAUUGUAAAGAGGCAAAACCUUGAAGACUUUAAAACGUUGGAGAAGAAGUUGUCUACAUCAGCGGUUAGUGUACUCCAUAUCGUAGCUGUUUAUGGCUGCUCAGAAAUGGUCGAGUGAAUGAGGAACUGGGACGGUAUCCAAUGGGAUGAACAAUGUGAACUCUCCGAGAUCAUAUCUGAGGAUGCGUUGGAAGAAAUACCAGUCAAGAAGGCCACUGCAUUAUACAUAGCAACGUCAAUGGAUAAAACCAAAAUGGCACGUUCUUUGAUCAAAUAUGCUGGAGAAGACAACAUCCGAUGCUGCUAUCAAAACAUCCAGCUGAGCAAGUCAAUAGAAGAAGUAUUCAUGCACGAUCGAGUAGGGAAAUUGGAAAUGAAACAUCGUGACCUUGACCCUGUCAUCGUUCCAGGUCAUCGGGUCGGUAAAGAUAGAAAACGUGAACGAAUCUUUAUUGUGUAUUCAACAGACGUAAUGAGGCCAAAAAGUUACGGUUUAGAUGGACUUGGUUUAGUUUUGAUCCGAAAUCCGUACUUCAUAACAGGAGAUUUGAAAUCUGAUUCUGAGAAACAUAUUGGAGUGUUACACGACAAGAAAAAGCCACAAAAAGCUUUGUCGAUUCACAGGAAGAGGCUUUGGGAAACGCAUAGCAAUCUAAACGUAAUACGUAUACAUUCUGUGACUUAUGGAAACAAUAUAGAAAAGCCUUGUAUUGUACUCUAUUGUAGUACAAAAGGCGUAGUGCCACUCGGUGAACCCGAUUUUCCAAAACGAUUGGAAAUAGAUGAACAUGACUCAGUUGAUGUAAUUGUACGUGAUGGGUACUUUAGACGUGGCGUCGGGUACGAGAGAGAAGCAAGUGUCGCCUAUCACAAUACUCUUAAAAUGGGAUGCAACAUUGGACGGUUGACACCCGAGGAAGGACAACAACAUUUGAGUGGCACUCUUGGUCCAUUUGUAAGGUUCAAAGACGAAGUUGGCUUCCUCACGUGCGCUCAUGUUCUAUUUCAAAUAACAAACCCGUCAGAACGUUUCAACUUUCCUGAUGGUGCCAGCAGUACCGUUGAAGUGGUCCAACCUUCCAUUGACAUAGAGCAUCCUCGCUCAGCAUGCGGAUUUGUGCAGAAAGCUAUUUUUGACCCAACACGCAAUCCUAGCAUUGAUGUUGCUGUGGUUCAGUUGACUGACGAUGAAAGGAAACCAACAGCGGGUCAAUUUGCAAAUGCUAGAUUAAGUAAAUUGAAAAUUGCAGGGUUUGACGAGAGCAAUUUACCUGAGUACAACAGUGGGUCUUAUGAAACACGUUUGAAUGAGUUAUCUCGAUCGCAGAUAGCUUUCAAGUUUGGAAGCUCCAGUGACGUUACAAAAGGAACGGUGGACAUGGACGGCAUAGAUGUAAGGCCGUUAUCAAUAGACGUUACUCUUCCAGAAUGUCACAAAACGGCCUUCAUGCAAAAUCAGUGUACAAUUUCUGGGAAUGAUCCAGAAUUAAUCUUAGGUGGAGACUCGGGUGCACCAGUGUUUAUGCGAACCAUAACCAAUGUGCUAAGUUGCAUUGGAAUUGUUAUUGGACAGGGAUAUCUUCCAAUUGACGGAGUUACUAAAGUCUACCCAGUAGCAGUGUUUACACCCAUCGGUGCAGUGCUGCAGGCACUUGGUGACGAGUAUAAGAUAGCUUCUUUCACUCCGACCUAAGAAGCUCAAAAAUGCAAAAAAUAUAAGGAAACAUUUUUUUAAAAAGAGGCACCGAUCGUUAAAUGAAGUCAGUGUAACAUAUAUUUUGAAGAAAACAGUUGUGAUUUGGGUUGCUUGGUGCUUGAGCUGGAGUUGAGGGUUAUUCCAUUCACUGAUCAGGAUUUUUUACAUUAUUUCUCGUACACUCCAGGAAGAGCUUUUACUAUGGGUCAGACAAUUAUUUGUUGGUAUAAUGAUACAUGUUGGUUGACAUGGUGUUAUUCAUUUUGUACUUUAAGAUAUAUAUGCAUUGACAUUUUGAACUAAUUUGUUAAGUUUUUGUAUUCAAAUUUAAUUCGAUUACAUAGUAAAUUUCCAAGUAUAGUGAGUGGUGAUGAUACAAUGAUGUGCGCUUGAGUGAUACAGUGCUGUUCUCACAGUGAGAGAACAUAACUAAACGACGAUGCUUUAUUUGUUGGCUAAGUGAUAACACUGUUUUUCCUUACAGCGAGCGAAAAUUUAAGUGAGCUUUAAAGAUUAACUGUUGUAUCCAAAGUGCAUGUAUCUUUUAAGAUGAUUAAGGUGAUAAACAUAUGGCUAGCUUUGCGUGUACAAUUAAAAGAGCCUUUGGUGGUAACAUUUCAUUCGAUGUGUUAAUUUGUUGAUAAGGGUAAAGACGUGGCAUGUUUUAGAUUUAUUGUUUUUUUUUACUUGCUCUGAAGAUUUUUUUUUUUUAUUAUUUUAUUCUUUUUAUUUCAUUUUUUAUCAUCUUGAUGUUUUUAUUUUAAUCAUAUUUGCUUUUUCUACUUUUUGGGAUGGGACAAUUUAAUGAUCAAUUGAUGCAUUAUAAUUUUUCAGUAAAUGACAUUUUCACUAAAUAAACAUAUUUGCAUUGAUGCCAACAAUUUAUAAAUUGUAAUUGUAAUUAUAGUAAAGUCGGACAAUUAACAUAAGUGAUUAGCUAUCAUAUACCUUUAGGCAAAUUAACCUUCAUAGUUAAAACAGGUGAGUGACCCUUUAUCUUGCAUAAUUGUAUGUAUAUUAAUAUUUUUUAAACAGUUUUUGGUAAUGCUCACUUUGUUAUAGUAGGCCAAGUGGUCAACUAUUUGUGCUUGCUAUUCUAUAAUAUAUACACGGGGGUGUUAGAACGUGAUAAUGUUGAAUUUUAAAGUGCUUUUUUGAAACCUAAGUAAUGCAACUGUGGUGUGUGCUUCCUUGUCUUUUAAUUACAUUGUAGUGUUUCAACAGACAUGACGGAAAUGCAUGUGUAUUAUCUUAUAUUCAUCAAUAAGCAUAUUUCAUAGAUGAGGAGAACCAACAUAUAUCAUUACUUUUUACUAGCAUAUUAUUUGUUUCAUUGAUGGCCACUAUUAGGUAACGCCAUGCGCUAUCAAUUGGUAUGUAUUUCCUUUAUGUUUACUUUUUCUUUUUCCAACAGAGUAUCUGUCACAUAAACUGCACAAUGUCGUUGGUGUCAUGAUAGAUCAUGAAUUAGAUGUUAUUGUUCAAUAUUUAAGUAUACCAUUAUUUUAUUACAAUACUUUGUUUUACUUUUAAUUAUAUCUUUUAAGAAAUCAAAUGAAUUCAUUGUCAACAGAUGCUAAAUUGGUCCAUUGUUACAUUUCCUAAUGCUUUUAAUUACGAAAAAGUCUGCAGCAAGAUUGAUAAUCUACCAUAAAUCUACCCGUGUUGUCAUUUCGUAUAAAAAAAACACAUUUGUUUUGUUGACACCCGAAAGAAUACGCUUUAAUUAUGUAUUAUGUACUUGUAUAAUGUGUUUUUAUGAUGUGACCUUAUCAGAAACACGCCAUUCGCCGAGAUGUGAAAAUUCCAGGUAUCGAACUGAAAGAAAAACGUACUGUAAAUAACGCAAGUAACAUUAACGUAGGGUCAUAAUGCGUGUGUAUAGCUGUUGUACAUUAUAUCACUAGUCAGCUCUCUAUUCAGCAAUCAACUCUGAUACCGUUAAUCUUUUAUCAGUACACCUACCGUAAAGAUUGAAAGUUGAGUAUAUAAGUGGUUACAACCACCAAUCGGCAUGUUUAAAACAUACCGAUACAAAAUUAAUAACGAACAUUGUACCUUGUUUAGCACGCUUUUUUUCUUCCAAUAAAAUGGAUAAAACAAUCAUUAUCGCAAAACAGAGGCGAAUCGUAAACAUGGGAUUCCCCUUUUCUCAUUCCAUAAAAUGGAAUGAACUAUCAUUACCGCAAAAUCGAUGCGAACGGUAUCAAAUCGCACAAUAGCGUUUUACAUGAGCUUCCCUUUUGAUAAUUCUACUAAAAGAAUUGACCAGUCAUUACUCCAAACAGAGGUAAACUGUAUCAAUUCGCACACUAGCGUGUAGUGCGGACAUUGAAUGCACGAUUGUAAUGGUAUUGUGUUGCUUUGUGUGGUCACAAAAUGUUUAUAUUUCAAAAAUGAAGCAUCUUGAUGUUAAGUGGUCGAUAUUUUUAAUUACUUUUCAAGAAUUUGUAGCAUUUGGCAAAUAAGAACUAUCAACAUAUAAUAUGUAUGACCUAUUCUCUGUUAUUGUUCCCAAUGAACGACAAAUAUGUCAAAGAGAAACUUCCUAUAAGAGAUGAUAUUCAUAUACCGAUAAACUUCCCUGCAUAGAAUAAAGAUUGUAUGAGUCUCAUGUUGGCAUUUUAAGCAGAUGUUUUAAUGUUAUGUAUGUAUUGUUAUGUAUUUUUAUUACUUUGUAUUAUGUAAUUUGGUGAUAACAUCUAUAUAUUUGUAAAUAAUUGAACAGCCUGUCUUUUCGUUGUUAACAUGUUAUGUAGAGAUUUCCGAUAUAGAAUCCCACCAUAAAUGAAAGCAACAUCAUAUGAUGCAAUCCAGAGAUAGUACAUACAUUACACCGAAUUAAUUACUGUGUGUAUGUUGAAGAACUGUUAGUCUGGAGAAAAUAUUUGUGUAUGCUCAAGACCUGCAUUGUGCAUGGUAAUAUUCGUUGACGCUUACCCUUUCGAAACAUUCGGUUUUCUUCUCCCCGUACGUUUUCAAGGGUUUCCAUGUAAAUAGAACUUUUAUUCCUUUUUUGUUUUUUUAUUGAUUUUGAGUUCGAGUGUGGUUUUAUUGACAUUUUGGUAUUUUUUUGUAUUUUUUUCUGUUAGUCGAAAUUAUUGUCACGAUCAUAUAUAUGUACUCUCUGAGUCCCGAUUAUUUUUUUUAUAAUAAUUCCAUGCGUUGUUGGUUAAGACAUUUUGUGUAUAAAAACAUGAUGUUUUUCCCGAUUUCAGUGUUAGUCCGCAUUGUUGUUGUAUGAUUUUAAUCUUUUGUAGAACACCAGCUAUAUCAAUUUUGUAUUUGCAAACUGUAAUAUUUGAACAGCUAUCAGUUUGUAAGCGGAUCAGACAUGCGAUUCUACUUUAAUAAACCAUCAUUCAAUAGACAUGACCUGAAUUGAACAUGAUCAGGAACCAACAUAACAUUUAAAAAUAAAUAAUAAAAUGUUUAAUGAUGUAUUUGACUUAAAAAAACCCAUUUUAUUCGAAAAUUUUGUAAAAAAAAAUAUCUUCGCAAGGUAGGAUUCGGUAGAAUAGUAGGACCUGUUGAUCAGUCAAUCGGUACGAGUCAAAUCUGUCAACAUUCUUGAGUUUACUUUAUGAUCUAAUUUGAAAACAUGUGGAAUGUAGCCAAAUGCAGUUUAACAACACUGUACAAAAGCAUUAAUAAAAGUAUUCGUUUACCGCAGACAUGAUAGGCACAUUGAAAAUGAUAACAGGUUUUAAAGUCAUUGUAGAAGAUAUCAAGUAAUGUGUACACAGUAUAUAUGUUUGAAACACGUCUACACGUAUUCGUGAAUAUUUACCCUGUUAUUUUUGAAAAUUGAACGGCACGGAUUCCGCCGACAAUGACAAUUUCACUUACUAAAUGUGUAAUGACUUGUUAACGUCAUUUCAAUUUUGUCAAAUUUUGUCAAAAUAACAGUUAAGGUCUCUUAAUGAUCGAAAUCCAAAACUAAUUAAAAAAAAUCACAAAACUAUUAAAUACAGCAUUCCGUUCAAUUUGGGUUCGAGUGUGGUUUUAUUGACACUUUUGCAUUUUCUUGGUUUUUUGUGUUAGUCUAACCUAUUGUUAUGACCAUACACGUACUCUAUAAGUCCCGAUUAUCUUUUAAUCAUAAUUCCACCCUAGUUUGGGAUUGUAUGUGUGAAUUUCUUAUUAACCCGAAUUCUUUGUAUAUAUUUUAAUAUUGUUAUCCUGGACAUGUUUUUCUAUGAUCAUACGCUGUUAGUUAAGACAUUUUGUGUAUGAACACAUCAUGUUUUUCCCGAUUUCAGUGUUAGUCCGCAUUGUUGUUGUAUGAUUUUAAUCUUUUGUAGAACACCAGCUAUAUCAAUUUUGUAUUUGUAAACUGUAAUAAUUGAACAGCUAUCGGUUCGUAAGCGGAUCAGACAUGCGACUCUACUUCAAUAAACCAUCGUUUAAUAGACGUGACUUGAAUCGAAAAGAAUCAGGAACCAACAUAACAUUUAAAAAAUAAAUAAUAGAAAUGUUAAAUGAUGUAUUUGACUUAAAAAAACGUUUUAGUCGAAAAUUUUGUAGAAAUUUAUCUUCGCAAGGUAGGAUUCGGUAGAAUAGUAAGACCUGUUGAUCAGUCAAUCGGUACGAGUCAAAUCUGUCAACAUUCUUGAGUUUACCUUAUGAUCUAAUUUGAAAACAUGUGGAAUGUUGCAAUAGCCGAAUGCAGUUUAACAACACUGUACAAUAGCAUUGAUAAAAGUAUUAAUUUACCGCAGACAUGAUAGGCACAUUGAAAAUGAUAACAGGGUUUUAAGUCAUUGUAGAAGAUAUCAAGUAAUGUGUACACAGUUUAUAUGUUUGAAACACGUCUAUACGUAUUCGUGUAUAUUUACCCUGUUAUUUUUGAAUAUUGAACAGCACGGAUUCCGCCGACAAUGACAAUUUCAGUUACUAAAUGUGUAAUGACUUGUUAACGUCAUUUCAAUUUUGUCAAAUUAACAGAGAACAUUUAAGGGUCUCUUAAUGAUCGAAAUCCAAAACUAAUUAAAAAAAUACACAAAACAAUUGAAUACAGCAUUUAGUUCAAUUUGGAUUCGAGUGUGGUUUUAUUGACACUUUGGUAUUCUUUUUUUUUUUUUUUUUUGUUAGUCUAAACUAUUGUUAUGACCAUACAUGUACUCUGUAAGUCCCGAUUAUAUUUUUAUCAUAAUUCCACCCUAGUUUGGGAUUGUAUGUGUGAAUUUCUUAUUAACCCGAAUUUUUUGUAUAUAUUUUAAUAUUGUUAUCCUGGACAUGUUUUUCUAUGAUCAUACGCUGUUAGUUAAGACAUUUUGUGUAUGAACACAUCAUGUUUUUCCCGAUUUCAGUGUUAGUCCGCAUUGUUGUUGUAUGAUUUUAAUCUUUUGUAGAACACCAGCUACAACAAUUUUGUAUUUGUAAACUGUAAUAAUUGAACAGCUAUCGGUUCGUAAGCGGAUCAGACAUGCGAUUCGACUUCAAUAAACCAUCGUUUAAUAGACGUGACUUGAAUCGAAAAGAAUCAGGAACCAACAUAACAUUUAAAAAUAAAUAAUAGAAAUGUCAAAUGAUGUAUUUGACUUAAAAAAACAUUUUAAUCGAAAAUUUUGUAGAAAUUUAUCUUCGCAAGGUAGGAUUCGGUAGAAUAGUAAGACCUGUUGAUCAGUCAAUCGGUACGACUCAAAUCUGUCAACAUUCUUGAGUUUACUUUAUGAUCUAAUUUGGAAACAUGUGGAAUGUUGCUAUAGCCGAAUGCAGUUUAACAACACUGUACAAAUGCAUUGAUAAAAGUAUUAGUUUUCCGCAGACAUGAUAGGCACAUUGAAAAUGGUAACAGGUUUUAAAGUCAUUGUAGAAGAUAUCAAGUUAAGGUGUACACAGUAUAUAUGUUUGAAACACGUCUAUACGUAUUUGAGUAUAUUUACCCUGUUAUUUUUGAAAAUCGAACAGCACGGAUUCCGCCGACAAUGACAAUUUCAGUUACUAAAUGUGUAAUGACUUGUUAACGUCAUUUCAAUUUUGUCAAAUUAACAGAUAACAGUUAAGGGUCUCUUAAUGAUCGAAAUCCAAAACUAAUUAAAAAAUCCACAAAACAAUUAAAUACAGCAUUUAGUUCAAUUUGGGUUCGAGUGUGGUUUUAUUGACACUUUUGUAUUUUCUUUGUUUUUUGUGUUAGUCUAAACUAUUGUUAUGACCAUACAUGUACUCUGUAUGUCCCGAUUAUAUUUUAAUCAUAAUUCCACCCUAGUUUGGGAUUAUAUGUGUGAAUUUCUUAUUAACCCGAUUUUUUUGUAUAUAUUUUAAUAUUGUUAUUCUGGACAUGUUUUUCUAUGAUCAUACGCUGUUAGUUAAGACAUUUUGUGUAUGAACACAUCAUGCUUAUCCCGACUUCAGUGUUAGUCCGCAUUGCUGUUGUAUGAUUUUAAUCUUUUGUAGAACACCAGGUAUAUCAAAUUUGUAUUUGUAAACUGUAAUAAUUGAACAGCUAUCGAUUUGUAAGCGGAUCAGACAUGUUAUUUUACUUUAAUAAACUCUAAUUUAAAAGACGUCACUUGAAUCAAACGUAGUCUGGAAGCUACAUAACAUUUCCAAAAAAUUAUAUGAACGUUCAAUGAUGUAUUUGACAUAAAAAUUACACGUUAUUUGAACAUUUUGUAGAAGAACUCAAAUGCUGUAGAAAUUCAUCUUCGCAUAAUUAGGUUCGGUAGUGUGGUAAGACUUGUCCAUCUUCUUCAGUUUUCAUAUGGUCUAAUUUGAAAACAUUUGUAUUGAUGCCGAAUGCAAUAUAACAAUACUGUUCAAAAGAAUUGAAAAUGACAUAAGUUUUUACCCAGACAUGAUUAGCAUAUUGAAAAUCUUGAUAGGUUUUAAAGUCAUUGUAUAAGAUAUCAAGAAUAAAGUAGUGUGCACACAGUUUAUAUGUUUGAAUUAGGUAUUCAUGUAUAUAUACUCUGUUAUUUUGAAAAAAAUUACAGCACCGAUUCUUCCAGCAAUGACAAUUUCAGUUACUAAAUGUCUAAUGACUCAUUAACGUUAUUUCAAUUUUGUCAUAUUUACAGAUAAUGCUCGAAAUCCAUAACCGUUUUUUAAAUGCACAAGACAAUUAAAUACAGUAUCAAUAUUUUAUAUUAUAGCAUUUUUAUAUAAAUAAUUUAAAUUUAUACUUUGUUUAUUUUGAAAUUUAUGUUUUGUUCAUUGAGUAUAUAAUGCCAUGACAGCAGUGAAAUCACAGUCAUAUUAUGUUAAAUAAAUAAAAUCGAAUUUGUUGUUUGCUAGUUAAGGAUAUGAAAGAAAAUUAUGAUCUAGAAUAAUUAACUGCAUUUUGGUAAUUGAUGUCCAGAUUUAUAAGAACUGUCACGUGGUAUUCAUCUAUUGUUCUAGCUAUGAUGUCACAAUCAACUAAUGGCAUGAACGGUUGGUCACUUCUAGUCUCACAAUAGAUUGUACUAGGCGAUGAUGUUAUGGCAGUACUUCUUCUUAUAAACAAUAAAUUUAAAUAACAUAAAUAGCUUUUAGACAGAUUUCCAUAUCAACGCACAGUCUUGCUCUGUCAAAAAACUCAAAUGUUCAAAUAAGUAAAUCAUUUUCAGUAAAUGAUUAUCUCAUUCAAUUUUUGUACUAAGCCGUUGAUAUAAAAACUAUCGAAAAAAUAUAUAAAAGACCCUAUAAUCUUAUCUACGUGCUUUUGAAAAAAAUACUCCAAAAAAGACCAUUUGUUCAUAUGAAUUACUCACUAUCUGCUCCCUAAGGGUCAACACGUCAACAAAAUAUCAUUUAAUUUCCUGCGUCGUGGUACUGUUAGCAUACAUAUCAAUUUUUUAGACAUAGUAACCAGAUACAGUACAAAACUGUCAUUGUUUGAUAACUUCCUUCGUGUCAGAUUUUUUCGAUGUUUGGCAGUUUGGCAAAGAAAUUUCAAGACCGAGGUCAAAGUGAAAUCGAAUAAUUAAAUGUGGAAAUAUUUUCCAGAUAAUCUUUAAAUAUAUAUUUUUGUUUCUAUAUUUCAUGCGCCUUUUAGGUAAUCAAAUUGUCUACAAUUUUGACACUUUUUCUUAAGAGUUUAUUUGUAUAUUGAUAUGAACUACAUGCAAUUCUAACAUAUUUCUUGAUAACAUAAUUAUAAAAUUAGAACUUAAUACCGAUGUUCAACUUCAAUGCUGAAUAAUUGCUAACACAUUUAAUAAAAAAAAA